GUCACCGGGCAGCUGGGCACUGUGAUGAGCGAGUCCAGCUCAAUCUCCUUGACGUACGCCCGGCUCUUCAUGCGGGAGCUGGACUCCAGCAACAAAUUCCUGGACACUGCCAGCAUUCACCUUCAUGUCCCUGAGGGCGCCACGCCGAAGGAUGGCCCCUCGGCAGGGGUGACGAUGACUAGUGCCCUCGUCAGCACCGCCUUCGAUGUGCCGCUUUUGGAUGACAUCGCCAUGACAGGCGAGUUGACGUUGAUGGGCAAGGUUCUCAAGGUCGGUGGCAUCAAGGAGAAGGUGAUCGCAGCACGUCGUGAAGGGGUGAAGACUCUCCUCCUCCCACGGCAGAAUGAGGCUGACUUCAUGGAGCUCAAAGAAUACCUCCGUGCAGGCAUGACUGCCCAUUUCGUCGACCACUACGACGAUGUGUACAAGCUGGCUUUCGACCAGACCAAGGUGCCCCCUUUGUCGGCACCUUCGAGGGGCCUGCCUGUCAUCACGGUCGUCACUCCUGAAGAAGUGGUAGCCGAGAAGGCAGAAGCGCCCUCGCCCGAGGCAGAUUCUUCGGCCAACGAAGGUCAGCCAGAUCCGCUGUCUCAGCAGCCUUUGCCGACAGGCAUCAACCCGCGGCCAAGCCAAACGCUUUGA